AAAUUUACAGAGAGAGAGAGAGAGAGAAUUGUAGACUGUAGAGACUGUAGAGACUAGAGAGAGAGAGGGAGAGAAAGGGAGAAGUACACACGCAGAAGGAGAAUGAGAAAGAUUGGAUAAUCUUUCCACGGAUUUUUGAGAUCUAGAGGAAGAAGGAGAAAGAGCUCCAGCUGGUUCGACAUAUAGACUUCCAAUCGAAGAUUUUUCACAGUCAAACUUAGCAGCCGAAGAACACGGAGGGGGGGAGGGGGGGGGGGAGAGAGAGAGAGAAGUCAGCUGAAGAAAAAGUCCCGAGCUUUCCCGAGAAUAUGUUCGAACAGAGAAAUCCCCAAAAACCCAAUUCAGAAAGCGCCACGAUUCUCCAAUCCCCUGUGGGUUUCCGGGAAAGUUUCCAACUUGGUCCUUCGAAUUGAGCUCCAGAACCCGAACAGGCAACUGGGUUUUAGGUUUCGGAUUUGGGGUCGGGUUUUAUCAUCCGUGAUCAGAGGAAGAGUGAUAGGGGUUUGGGGCAGUAGUGUGAUGAGAAAUGGGAGAAAAUGCAGGAGCUUUGCACACAGCUGUGAACUCCGUACAGGCAUUAGGAAGAGGCUUCGACGUGAACUUCGAUACAAGGUUGCUCUACUGUAAGGGAGCGGCGGGUACGAGGAUUCUGGAGCUUGACGAGGAGCACACCAGGGAUCUCCGCCUCUAUGAUGAUAUUGUUGUGCCGGGUGUUUCCAGGGACAUCAGGCAUUCGCCGGAGGCCGGCGGCCGGCAGAGCUCUGGAGUCUGCAGCUUCCAUGAGAUGGUUGAGUAUUUCAAUCAAAAGUCUAACGCAUCUGACGGCUUUCCUCUUGGAAGUUUCAACUUUGCAUUUAGCUUCACUGGUUCAAAGCAUAUCGAUGCUGCAGCCACGAAGACCCUUUCUGUGGAUGGAUUUUAUAUUCCACUUGCUAAGGUCAAGCUUUUUAAAUCACCAAUAGUGUUGCAAGAAAAUGUGAAACAGGCUGUCCCGAGGAGUUGGGAUCCAGCAUCUUUGGCUAGCUUCAUUGAGAAUUUUGGAACUCAUGUCAUAACAUCGGUAACAAUUGGUGGAAAAGAUGUAAUUUAUGUUAAACAACACCAAUCAUCUACUUUGUCAACCACGGAGAUCAAAAACUAUGUCCAGGAUAUUGCAACUCAGAGGUUCUCAGACACAGAAAGCAAUAGAUGUUCAUGUCAAAUGAAAUCUAAUGAUAAGGGCGGUGAUCCUGGUUUAUUCAACAGUCAAGGGAUACAUCCUCAACCCACCAUGGCACCGUAUCUUGCUGGGAAAGAAGAUGUCACGGUCAUUUUUAGAAGAAGAGGAGGAGAUGAUCUGGAACAAAACCACACCCGAUGGGCAAGAACUGUCCGGUCCUCUCCAGAUGUAAUUGAGAUGACAUUUUUUCCCAUAACAGCCCUACUUGAAGAGAUACCCGGAAAAGAGCACCUUACUCGAGCUAUUGAUCUUUACCUUGAAUAUAAGCCUCCAAUUGAAGAGCUGAGAUAUUUCCUAGAGUUUCAAAUUUCCCGAAUAUGGGCUCCUGUGUCUGACAGAAAUAUUGGACACCAAAGAAAGGAACCUGUUUGCCCAUCCUUGCAAUUCAGCAUAAUGGGGCAAAAGCUUUAUGUCAGCCAAGAACAGGUUACUGUUGGACGGAAGCCAGUGACAGGCAUACGGUUGUGUCUAGAAGGAAGUAAGCACAAUCGACUUUGUAUUCAUCUUCAGCACUUAGCAUCUCUACCAAAUAUCCUUCGGCCAUAUUGGGGUAGCAAUGUGGCAAUUGGUGCUCCCAAGUGGCAAGGACCUGAAGAGCAAGACAGCCGAUGGUUCGAACCAUUAAAAUGGAAAAACUUCUCUCAUGUGAGCACUGCACCAAUUGAGAACCCUGAAGCCUUCACAGGGGACCACUCUGGUGUCUACAUAGUCACUGGAGCACAGCUCGGAGUGUGGGAUUUUGGAUCGAGAAAUGUCUUGUACAUGAAGCUAUUAUAUUCCAGGCUGCCAGGCUGCACCAUCCGGAGAUCCGUGUGGGAUCAUACACAAAAUGAAAAGUUGAAGAAAGCGACAUCCACUGGCGACUCAAGUUCAGGUUCAAGAGAACAUGUCGCUGGCAACAAGUUGGCGAAGUUUGUAGACAUGUCUGAGAUGAGCAAGGGGCCACGAGACCAUCCUGGUCACUGGUUGGUUACGGGUGGAAAGCUUGGCGUGGAGAGAGGGAAGAUUGUUUUAAGAAUGAAAUAUUCGUUACUAAGUUAUUGAGUCGUUUAAACAUUUUGCAAGAUUGAUGUGCACAGUGGUGGUUUUUUGUUAGUUGAGAGGCGGUGUCUUUUGAUGGACAGACAGAGUCGGACGAAGAUUGUGUCUUUUGGGUGGUCUUAAGAGUGAAUGGAUGCUGCCUCUUGAUGUGUUUAUAAGUAAAAGGUUUGAUAUGUUAAGUUAAUUUGAUGAAAGAAACCUUGUUGUAGAGCAAUUAUAUACCUCAUUUUCUAGGAUCAAAUUUAAUUUAAUUGUUCCUCUGGGAGGAGAGUUGUUCUCUA